AUGAGUGAUUCCGGUCUCAAUGGAAUACCUUCCACAUAUAAUAUUGCAAACAAUGAGGAUGAUUCCUUUGACAUGUUUCUUGAAGAUGAUGACAAAUCUACUGUUGAUCCAUCAGCUGGCAUUGGAUCUACAGAAAACGAUUAUGUAUUUGAUGAAUCCUCAGGUUACUACUACAGCAGCAGUUUAGGAUAUUAUUAUGACCCAUCUUUAGGACUGGGAAGGCAAUGGAAAUGGAAUUGCAACAUAGUGGAAUGGAAUUGGAAUCAUUAUUUUCAACCUGAUUUAGUGUUCAUGUAA